GCAUUCAGCUCGGCAGCAUUUAGGAAGUAUCUUUAUGGAUAAACCUAAUAUUAUCUCUGUUUACUUCUAAAUAUAUAACUGUUUAACAAAAUAAGUACAUCUUUUAUCAAACAUGGCAGAGGAAAUGCUGCGAGAAUUAGAAGCUGCGGCACAAAUCAUUUUGGCACCUCCAAAUAUAAUUUCAACAGAGCAACGUCAAUCAGCAGAAGCUAUUUUUUUAAAGUUUCGUAAGACAAGAGCCCCUUAUCAACUGUGUCGACAAAUUUUAGAUUCGAAUACUAUAGAAUAUAUACUAUUUGAAACAGUUGGUUUGCUAAAAGCAGCUCUGGUGCAAGAAUGGAUCACUUUAUCAGAGACUGAUGUCUCUUCGUUGAGACAGUAUUUGUUACAUUAUGUUUUAAAUAAGCCUACUUUAGCACCAUAUGUUAGAGCAAGAAUACUCCAAGUUAUUGCAAUAAUAAUUAAGAGGGGUAGUGUGGAUAAUUUUGGACAAGAGAGAGGACAUAUAUUAAACGAAGUGGAAUCUUUAAUUCGAAAUGGAGAUUUGCCAAAGAAAAUUUUGGGAUGCAAUAUUUUAUCUGCAAUAUUGGAAGAAUAUGCAACGACUGCAAAAUCAUCCGAACUAAACCUGAUAUGGGAAGUUCAUCUUAGAGAGAAAAAACAAUUUGAACUCAGCGAUAUGAAAAAAAUAUUCAAACUUUGCAUUGAAAUACUCGGUCAAUUAAUCGAAAAAGACUUUGAUGAACUGACAUUACCUUUUCUAAAGCAUUUACUUUCCAUCGUGGAAAGUAUACUUGUUUGGGGAUUUGUAAACGCAAAUUUGCCGAAAAGAUUGAUGAAUCUAUGUGAAUCCAACGAAUCCGCAAAUCAUCCAUCACUGAGAUUACAUAUACAAUGGCAAGAUAUAAUAGUAGAUCCAGCAGUAUUAGAUUUAUUUUUUGGAGUGUAUUGGAAAGUACGCAACUAUCCACAACUAGCCCACCACGCCAUGACUUGUUUGGUGCAAUUAGCAAGCUUGCAUGGUAGAAUUCUGACUACCGAACAAGUAAAAAUGCAGUAUCUAACGAAUUAUAUACAGAGAUUUUUGAAACUUGUAACAAGCAUCGAUGUUAACGAUCAAGAAGCAAGUGGUAUCGCCAAUAUUAUAAGAAAGAUUACCACCUUCUUUGAAAGCUCAUUGAAAAACCUGCCUGAAGAAUUGUUAAAGUCGUUUAUGGAGCAAAUGACGAGAUUAACAUGCUUGUUUAUAGAAGGUGCUGCGCAAGAAGACGCGGUACGCGCCGACGAUUGCUUAUAUAUGGAGGCUGUAGAUCGCAUACUUGGAACAUGGAUAUGUAUUAUAUUCACAACACACAUGUUUCCAGCAAAUUUUUGUUACGAGAGCUCUGUCCAGAUUUUUAAUGUGUAUCUACGAUGUCAUUUAUCACCUCCAGUAGGCAUGAGAGUUGUUGGUAACAAGAAUCUCAGCGAAGAAGUAGCAGAUGUGGAAGAAGACGAUAAAGUGAAAUUUAAGGAUCAAUUACAAAUAAUUGGAAGUUUUGGUAGACGAGUGCCAUCUUAUGCUUUAAAUUUAUUAACGCAAUUACUUGAAGAUCGAAUUCAGAAAUUACGCGAUAAUUUAAAUACAAUAGUAGGACAAAAUGAACCUUUCUCUCGGCCUCCUUCCAUGGAUGACUUGUACGAGGACUUGCAUUGGCUUGUUCUAAUAGCGGGUCACGUUCUUUGUAUGGAAACGAAGGGCGAAACCUCAUUAAUGCCCUUGGAGAUUACGCGAUGCAGUAUGGAACAGUCUCGAACAGGGAAUGUUGAUGUAAACCACACAUUGGAGUUUUUAGUGUCUUCGCAAAAUGUGCAAUCAGAUAUAAGUAGUUCCGGUUCGAUCGAUCGAGUUAUUCGGUUAAUCGCGGAUGUUUUUCGUUUAUGCGCCAUUGAGAAGACUGCAGUAUCGGUACACUUGGAGAAUAUACUCAGUCCUGAAUUGAGCCACACGAUUAUAUGGUUUUUACAUGAAUGGUCACAAAACUAUCUUUUACCAGCUGAAGAUCAUUAUUGUGAGAUAAGCACAACAAUUUUACAAGCUUUCGGUGAAGAUAGUCCUGGUGCACUGUGGACGAUGAAUUUUCUCCUCGAUAAAAUAAUUUGUAAUAUCAACGCUUUCAAAAGUGAACCGGCGCUUAUUCAAGAAACUAUAGAAUUGUUAAAAAUUCUUGUGGAAUCACGAACGAAAGCCUCUUGCUUGUUAGAAUGUGAGCAGUACAGUCGUAUCAUUGAAUUAGCUACGAAAGGACAGCGCGAUUUUCCGGCGCUCGUCAAAAGAGGCUUGAUGCAAGUGGUGGUUCAGGCUGGUGUUGCGGUACACAAUAAAGGUAUAGAAGGGCACUAUUGGUCGCAAACUGUGAUAUAUGUGGAACAAAGAUGCACAGAAUUGAUGUCUAGCAAUAACUUUACAUCAUCUUACCACCAAGAUGAAAUUAGAGUUCAAGUUAUAGAUAUACUGGAUUCUUUUAUAGGCAUAUUACAAGGCGCGCAAAAGCCAAUAUCAGAGAUUGUGUAUCGAUUUACCUACCCAAUAUUAGUCAAGCUUCCAGUAUUAUUAGAAAUGUAUCGCAAUUAUCGAGAUAUAGUACAGCUGAUGCUAGAAGUGUUAAGCAUAUAUACGAAGGAUAUUAUACUUCACUUGUCAGAGGACUGCUGUUCAAAUAUCUAUGAUAUCUGUUUGGAGGUGAUACAGACAUAUGCCAAAUGCAAUACUAAUCGGCUUACUACAGACUCGACCGCUGAAGAGGACGCGUUUCAGGAUAUUUUAUUACUCAUGCAACUACUAAAUAAUUUAUUAAGUAAAGAUCUAUUUCUCUUAAUCAAGUCGAAGGAAGGGCGGCCUUCCACUACCACACCCGCUGAUAUUUUCUUGCACGGCUUAGAUAUGCUCAUGCCUCUCAUGACAAUAGAUCUGUUAAAAUUUCCGUCGCUGUGUUACGAGUACUUUAAAGUAAUAGCAUUGGUAUGUGAGAUAUGCCCUCUAAGAGUUCUCGCCCUACCUACCAAACAAAUGCAGCAACUUUUAGCAUCAGUGGAAUUAGGUUUCUACUCAUUUGGUCGCGAUGUAACUGCCUUUUGCUGUGAUGCAAUAAAUAUUUUAGCCUUUUGUAUUUAUAACGAUGCCCACGAUGCUGUGAGCAGAAAACCAAAAAACCAAAUGUUGAUACCUUUUAUGAAUUUAAUAAUAAGUCUCAUAUUGUCGAAUCAAUUCGAUUCAGAUGUGUUCCCGAAAGCCGGCCGACCCCUUUUCUUUCUCAUAGCUAGCUACAGAGAUCAAUAUCAGGAACUUGUACAAAAUAUUUUGUCCACUCAAAGAGAUCAAGAAAUAGCACAAAGAUUAGCGAAUGCAUUCACAGCAUUAACCGCAGAUGUCGAUUUUGUUCCAGGGCCAAACAGAGAAGAAAGUAAAGAAAUUUCGAAGUUUAGAAAUAAUUUAGAUAAUUUUAUCGUGAAUGUGCAAGGAUUUUUAAUGGUUAAGUAAAAUACAAAUUGUAAAAUAAAAAUUGUACACAAAAAUAAAAAAAUAAAAGAUUUAUUUAAAUAUAUGGAUUUAGAUAUUGGCCUAAGAAGUCGUAUUUCUUUGUCGCACGUUUAAUUAUAUAUUUAUUCUCACGAAAAAGAUGUCACAAGUAUUCAAAAUUGAUUAGUCUUUUGAAGAUUACGCUGUAAACGUGCGACGGGAACGUCUAAUGUGUGGAUAAUACCGUGAAGAGGACUUAUAUUAAGCAUAUAAGCUUUUUAUUGACCGAUUUAUUACACGUUACCACUUACAGUGAGCCUAGCGAAAAAUUCGAAUAAUCAUAAUAUAUUUAUAAUAAAUACUAGUUACAGCGUCGAUGCACGUUUCCAAUAGCAAAUGAUCGAACGGAAAUAUUUUUUAUGGAUGUUUACCUUACAAACAUAUAUAUAUAUAUACAUAUAUAUAUAUAUAUAUAUGUGUAUAUGUGUGUGUGUGUGUGUGUGUAUGUGUAUAACAUGAACUUGCAUACUUGGUACAGAUCACAUCAUCGUUAAACUUCCCUCGUACACCUCGCGAUGAUGAUUGUUAACGUUUCACAAAAAAUGCUUAAAUUAACAUUAAAUUUAUUUAUAUAUUUAUAUAAUUUAUUUUGUAUUAUGUAUAUAUAUAAGCAAACGUGUCCUUUCGCAUACUUACCCUUUCACACGUUCACAGGCUUGCUUCUCUCAUAUUCUCCCGCUUUCUCCCUCUCUCCCUCUCGGUCGAUCUCUCUACCUUUCUCUCGGUCUCUCACGCACACACUCAUUCACGCCAUAUCGUUCUCUUCUCUCCUAUAUAUAUAUUUUGUCUACUAAUAAUAACAAUGAUUAUUAAUCUCUCCAACGACUUAAAUGUGAUGCAAUUUCCUUCGUAAUACGCACUUCUAUCUCUUUAUUCUUUUUUUUCCCGUCCUUCCUCUCUCAUAUACUUAUACCACUUGCUUUUCGGCAUAGUCGGUAGAGAGCCUAAGUUCAACUUAUAUUUAUAUUACGCGUUUAGUUUUAAUACAUUACGGUGUCGUUAACAAAAUAAAACUAUCAGAUACUACAACAGUCAGCAAGCAAAAAACGAUAAUAGACGUGGGGCGUUACAUUUGCGUAAGCCACGAUCGAAAAUUGGUGUGAUCGGGGGGAGGAAAAAGAAAUAAAUAGUUGGCCUUAGAAUUGUUUAUGCAGGCGCAUGAGAUGCUUCUGCGACUAGAAUCAAGCGAGUUAAGAUUUACAAUUGUCCCCCUUCCCUGUCAUUGUCCAUGUCGGAGACUCCAAUUUGAUCGGGCAGCGGAAAUCUUGCCCUUCGAGAGAUAUCAAGAGUACACGAAAUCGACAGACCACUCGACCGAUUUGGAAGGGCUAAUGUAAAAAAAAAAAAAAAAAAAAAAAAA